GCUAAUCAGAGGGGUAGGGCGGGGUUAUGUAAAUCGCGAGGGCUCAGGGAAGAGUCACACGGCCGGAGCGGGACGCGGCGGCGGCGGCAGGCUCUCCUUCCACAACCUCCUCGCGAAGGCCCAAGAUGCAGGCAGACUCCCUUCUGCACAGUGGCUACUUCCACCCGGUGCUACGCUCCUGGCAGUGUACGGCAACCACCUUCAAUGCCUCCAACCUCAUCUACCCCAUUUUUGUCACUGACAGCCCUGAUGCAGUGGAGCCGAUUCCCAGCCUCCCUGGACAAGCCAGGUACGGAGUCAACAAGCUGGAAGGGAUGCUGCGUCCCCUUGUCGAAGACGGUCUGAAGUGUGUGCUCAUCUUUGGGGUGCCCAGCAAGGUCCACAAGGAUGAGAGAGGUUCUGCAGCUGAUGCAGAGGACACACCUGCCAUCCAGGCAAUCAAGAAGAUCCGUUCCACGUUCCCAGAGUUGCUAAUUGCCUGUGAUGUCUGCUUGUGCCCUUACACAUCCCAUGGGCACUGCGGCAUCCUGCGUGAAGACGGCACCAUCCAGAACGAGCUCAGCUGCCAGCGGCUGGCAGAAGUGGCACUGGCCUAUGCCAAAGCAGGCUGCCACAUCGUUGCCCCCUCAGAUAUGAUGGAUGGGCGCAUCGCGGCCAUGAAGGUGGCGCUGAUCUCCAAUGACUUGGGCAACAAGGUCUCGGUGAUGAGCUACAGCGCCAAGUUUGCUUCAUGCUUCUACGGUCCCUUCAGGGAUGCUGCGCUAUCCAAACCCGCCUUUGGAGACAGGCGAUGCUACCAGCUGCCCCCGGGCGCCAGGGGCCUGGCGAUGCGUGCCGUGGACCGGGACGUGCGUGAGGGAGCGGACAUGCUGAUGGUGAAGCCGGGGAUGCCCUACCUGGACCUUGUGAGGGAUGUCAAGGCACGAGGGCCGUGGGCCGCAGGGAGGGGUGUCCUCUCUGCCCGCCGGCUGACCUCCCUCCCCGGGUGCUCCCCUCAGCACCCCACCCACCCGCUGGCCGUCUACCACGUUUCGGGGGAGUUCGCCAUGCUGUGGCACGGGGCCCAGGCCGGGGCCUUCAGCCUGGAGGCUGCCGUCAGGGAGGCGGUGACGGCCUUCAGGCGAGCAGGGGCCGACGCCAUCAUCACGUACUUCGCGCCGCAGCUCCUGCGGUGGCUGAAGGAGGAGGCGGCGGCGGCGGGACGGGCCUGAGGGCGGGGCUUCCGGGGGUUGGGGGCGGGGCUUCCGGGGCGGGGCUUCCGGGGCG